GAUGAGUGGACCCAGGGCUGAUACACGUGAUUGCGCGCGCCAAACCCCUCCCCCUCGGUUAAAGCACGCGUCUGGCGCCAGGCAUCACCAACUCGGCAUCCUCCUUUGUUGCGGCGCGGCGCAGCUGACCACCCUUUGCGUGACGGGCCAAUGGGUUCAUUGUUGCCUGCUUUGCCCUUCCUGCUCUCUUUUCCAUACUUUAGAUAGAUAUAGCCCUGAGCGCGUCUUUCAAUAUUUGCGAUCAUGUCAUCGCCUCCGCGCUCAUCUCAUCACUAUGGGGUUUCCUUUUGUCUAUAUAUGCGACCUUCUCCAACUGCUCGAGGACAAUGCGCCCUCUCGCGUCAAGUCCGACGCCAGCAUCAUCAGGCAGUGGUUUGUCUGCCACCAGAACGACCUGAACCGAAAUGACGUUGACCUCUGCGCCGUCGCGUCCACCCUGCUCCCUGCUCGUCGACCCGACCGUGUCUACGGCAUCCAAGCCAGGUCUCUUGGCAACAUCGUCGCCCGUGCAUUGUGCCUCGGGCGUUCGCGCAUUGAGCAGCUGAAGCAAUAUGAGAGACCUGGCAGCGGCCGAGACCUGGCCGAGUCUGUCGAGGCCAUCCUGGCCGAGACACCCAAUUCUCUGGACUCUGAAAGGCCCGUUUGCGUCGAGGAGAUCGAUGCCACCCUCCAUGCUAUCGCGGCCAAGUCCCGCUUCAGCUCCCCUGCCGUGAGAUCAUCGUUGCGGGGCUCACCCAAAGCACGCGAUGUUCACGCGCCACUCCAGUCUCUUUACCGGCGCCUGGAUCCCAUGCCUGCGAAAUGGCUUACCCGUCUUAUCCUAAAGGAUUUCUCGCCCGUCGACCUAGACUCGGCCCCUGUUCUCAGGCUUCUUGACACCCUUCUUCCUGUUUUAUUGAAGAUCUACGACGACCUACCCACUGCGAUCGACCGCCUCCGACAUGCCAGAGAGGCCAGCCGGAUGGCAACUCCCGCGCUGACCGCCGCAGAGCUCGCGGGGCAGUUCAAGCCCAUGCUCGGAGUCAAGGUUGGCCGCCAGCCUUGGCUCAAGGGCCGCAGUAUCAAGCACUGCCUGCAGAUGGGCCAUGGGCGCAUGAGCGUCGAGAAGAAGAUGGAUGGCGAGUAUUGCCAGGUCCAUAUCGACCUGUCCAAGGGGGCCAACUGUAUCCAGAUCUUUUCCAAGAGCGGCAAGGACAGCACCCGGGACAGGGCGAAUCUCCACCCUGCUAUCUCUGCCUCGUUGGCUCUCGGCAAGGAAGAAUGUCGGCUGCAAAAGGGCUGCAUCCUCGAGGGAGAGCUGGUGGUAUACAACCAAAGGGAUGGAAAGAUCUUGCCCUUCGAAAAGAUCCGCAAACAUGUCUCGCGCUCGGGCUCAUUCUUCCACAGAUCUGCUCUAGACUCCCAGGCACACCCGUGGGAGAAGUUGAUGAUCGUCUAUUACGAUGUUCUCGUGGUCGACGACGAGUCGCUCCUCGGAGCGUGCCAUUCUGAGCGCUUCCGCCGGCUCAGCCAGCUAGUCAUCGCGACACCUGGAGUGGCUGAGCUAGUCAAGCGGGAGGUUAUCGACUUUGGCUGGCACCUUGGGGCGUUCAAAUUGAGGCAGGCCUUCGCCCGCUGCAUCACCGCGCGGGAAGAAGGACUCGUACUGAAGCCAGACGAUCCAUACUUUGACUUUGGCGGGAUCCGGCGACCGUACAGCUGCUCCGCUAUCAAGCUGAAGAAGGAAUACAUUGGUGGCUUCGGGGACGUCGGUGACUUUGCCGUUGUGGGCGCUCGCUAUGACCCGGUGGCGGCCAAGUCCUACCACCUGCCCGGGCUCAAGUGGACGCACUUUUACGUUGGAUGCCUCGACAACAAGAGAGAUGUGCUACGGUGCAACGCGAAGCCGAGGUUCAUGGUGACAAAUGUGGUCGAGUUGAACUCGUCACAGAUUGAACACUUUCGACUGUACGUCAACCCUGAGAGCCUCCAGCCAGAGAAAAACAAAACCACCACCCUUCACUUCGAGCCGGGAAUCGACGAUGGCAAGCGACCCUCGGUUAUAUUUCCCAGUCCACCAGUCUUCGACAUUCGCUGUUUCUCGUUCAUACGCGAGGGCAAUGUCUCAUACCACACCCCGCGCUUCCCUAUGGUCACCAAGGUUCACUGCGACCGGGCGUGGAGAGACGUUAUCGAGUUCGAAGAGCUCCAGCGCCUUGCUCGGGAAGAGAACGAGGCGGCAGCUCCCGACGACAGCCAGGAGCUGGUUGACUGGAUCACCAGGCUGGAGGCGGCCGACCCAGGAGGCGUGGCGGUGGACGCGAUAAGCCAGCAGACUGGCUGCUCCAGGCAGACGACGUCGCAAGAGAGUCUAUUUUCGGCAAGGUUAGGGGAUGUCCCACCCGCUCCGGCGUCGCCCGCCUUGCCGUCGUCGCCCCACCACCAAGGGGACGCAACGAGCGACGAAACAAACGCUUGGUCCACAGCUAAGUCUCCAAAUGCCGCUCCCGUCGUCGACCUGACGCUGUCGCCUUGCCGAAACCAGCGGAAACGCCCCAGCCAGGAUGGAGACGGUCCCCACACGGUGACGGCGUCCCCUCCAGGGCCAAAACUCCGUCGGCGCUCGCGAUCCGAAGACAAGAGCGGCGCUGUGUCGCCGACGAUGACGCAGUCGCACCCUCCACCCUCUACAUCGCGCCGAGGGCCGCUUGAGGACAUGACGGCUUCGUCUUCGGACAGGACCAAUUCACACCCUGUCGGGCAAAAUCCGGACGGCAAGAAGUCACCCGUCCAACAAGCGGAGUCGAGUCAACAACCACGACUGCCUGAGUCGCCCUUUGGGGUGCCCGCACAUCAGACUGCGGGUGGGGUAGGCACCGUGACGUCUGCCGGCGAAUAUUCUGGCGUUAAGCAUGCUUCCAACGGCGGAGCACGGCAUCCCCUACCUUUGGAUGUCGAGGGUCUCCCACUAGCUGGUAGCGCUGGGGUGUGCAAACACCAUGGCAAAGACUGCACGCUCGGUGAAUAUGUCUUCCUUUUGGCGCCGUGCAUUGCACAAACCCCCUGGGUGACGGAGGAUCUUCUACAGGGCCAUGGUGUCUACUCGUUCGAGACGGACAUGAACAGAUGGAGCCGGCUAUAUUUGUCGCAGUCAGCCGCACCCGCACCACCGUGCGACGGCAGCCCCAACACGAGGCGCUCCUCAGCCGCGGCACUAAUCGAGGAGAGAGCCCAACGCCGCAGAGCAAACCGACCCCGAUUGAUGGUGCUUGUCGAGCCACGCCGCGAGGAGGCCUCGGCGUCCUUCCUGACCCGGCUCAAGGCCUUGAGGCAAGAGGGCGAGAGCGCCGGCGCAGGUGGUGGGCGGUGCGAGUACGCGGGCGUGUUUGACUGGCGGAUCCUGGAGGACGUGGCCGAGCAAGAGGCCAGGACGGUGAGCGCGGAGGGGAGGGGGCAAAGGGCAGGGCCUAGGGUGGAUAGGAAAAACUACCACCAUCUUUGGAGAAGGCGACACUUGGGUCGUGUUUAGGGCGUUCUGAGAUGGUUUUCUCUUUUCUGGAUAACAGGUUGCAUUCGAUACCCCGGAGGGUUUUU